AUGCUACAGUGGACAUCCUUCGUUCAGAAGGCCCAGAGCCUGAUUGAUCCCGCCAACUUCAACAUUCCUGCCCUGUCCACGGCCGAUCAUAGUCCCUCGAAGGCCUCGCUGUUCCGCCAACAAUUCCGCCUCCCCGAUUCCCAGAACCCACUCCAAGAGAUUACCGCUGAUCUUGUCCUGCCUCUUCCGAACUCAUCAGCGACUCAAGGCGAUGGCCCACGCAAGGCUGACCGAGCUGGAAAUCGAUACACAGGGCGCCUGCAUCUGAGUGAGCGCUUCAUCUGUUUUUCUACCCAGCCGACAAGCUUUGUUUCCUCUGCUACGGCAAGUGCUUCAAAUACUUGGACCGGCCAGACUCAUGGAACUGGUCCGUCGGGCAAUGGUUUCAUUCUUCCUCUUUCGUGUAUCCGACGAGUCGAGCGUCUCCAUAGCGCCAGCCAUGUCUUCUCCUUGGCGCUCACAACUUGGAAUGGUCUGCUCAACAAGCAACAAGAAGCCAAAUUUGCGCCCCAGCGCCUGAUCUUGCAACUUGUCGGUAGCAGACAGGCUUGCGAACGAUUUUGCGACACAUUGAAGAAAGGUCUGCGGGAAGGAAUGAAAGAGGUUGAAAGCCUUCGUACUGUCGUCAACGAUUGUUACUCAGAAUACCUGCUGUCAGGUGCAAAGACCAAGGGCCAGGAAGGAGUUGACGCCGACGCUCGUCAACCUCCAGAUGCGGGACUGGGCUUGAUUUUCCGCUAUCCUGGCGAUGCACGUAAACUGCGUGAUCGCAGUAAGAUGAGACUGUGGGGCGAAUAUUUCAGAGAAAAUGGCCGUAAUGCUACGCUGGUGCGCCAACCAACCUUCCACAAGCUCAUUAGAGUCGGUCUGCCCAAUCGCUUGCGCGGAGAAAUAUGGGAGCUUACAUCUGGCUCUCUUUUCCUUCGUCUGCGGUCUCCCAAAUUAUACCAGGAGACACUGGCCAAAUUCGAAGGACAGGAAUCCCUUGCCAUCGACGAAAUCGAGAAAGAUUUGAACCGCAGUCUACCAGAAUAUCCUGGCUUUCAGAGUGAAGAGGGUAUCGGCCGCUUAAGACGAGUUCUGACGGCAUACAGCUGGACCAAUGCAGAAAUUGGGUAUUGCCAGGCCAUGAACAUUGUGGUUGCUGCAUUGUUAAUAUAUAUGUCAGAAGCUCAGGCGUUUUUCCUCCUCUCUGUCCUAUGUGACCGUCUCUUACCUGGUUAUUAUUCAACGACCAUGUAUGGCACACUUCUGGAUCAAAAGGUGUUCGAAUCAUUGGUUGAGAAAACAAUGCCGGUUCUAUGGGAGCAUCUAACCAAGUCUGACGUUCAACUCUCCGUGGUCUCAUUGCCCUGGUUCCUGUCUCUCUAUAUCAAUUCUAUGCCUCUUGUCUUUGCUUUCCGCGUCUUGGAUGUUUUCUUCUUGGAAGGGCCAAAAGUUCUCUUCCAGGUGGGUCUUGCCAUUCUCCGAGUCAACGGCGAAGAGCUCUUGGAAACUCAGGAUGAUGGGUCUUUCAUUUCCGUCUUGAAAUCAUAUUUCUCACGUUUGGAUGAAUCUGCCCAUCCAAGAUCAGAGAACCCCAAGCUUCGGGCAAUUACUCGAUUCCAGGAAUUGAUGGUGGUUGCUUUCAAAGAAUUUUCGGGCAUCACUCACAGCACCAUCACUGAAACGCGUGAAAAGCAUAAGGGUGCUGUGUUGGAGAACAUUGAGACCUUUGCCAAGCGUACCUCGAUCCGUAACCUUGGUCCAGAGAGCAAGCGCCUAAGCACAGAUGACCUUGGCACAAUCUACGACCGUUUCUACGAAACACUCUAUCAAUGGGAACAGCACCAGAGAGUUAUUGAAGAGGAACGGAGGCGCCAAGAGAGGAAGAAAUCCGAACGACUCUCCAUGCUUGCCCCUCCUACAGACACGCAAGUCGGCCGUGUUGGUCUUGGACCGAGUCCUUCACACAUGGACUAUGAUGCUUUCCGGGAGUUUUUGGCUGCUACUUCUAAGUGGGCGGUUGCUGAUUCACCUGGACCAUCGAGAAAGGCAUCCUCGUCAGGAAAUUCAGCAUUGUGGGCGAACCGUCGACAGCCGGCUGACCAUGAGUUCAUGCAACGACUCUAUCGCAAGUGGGCUACUGAUCCCGAAGAAGGGUUGAACCUUCAGAAUGUCGUCAACGGUCUAGCACGUCUCAAGGGAUCACCUGAUAUUAUGAACAACAUCAACUACUUCUUCGACUUGUAUGAUGACAACGGCAAUGGCCAAGUCGAUAGAGAAGGGAUCCUCAAAAUUUCCGAGGCGCUUUUGUUCCUUUCUCGACGGGGAUUUGAGGGCACGAUCACUGCAACUCAAUCUGUGGAGGACCUGAAUACGCCUAAAGAUCGCGAACUUGCCGAGAAUUCGCUCACUACUGACGAGAAGUUCCUUAGUAGUGUCAGUGCGUUCAUUCGUCGCUGCUUCGAAUAUGCGGAUCCCAGCCACCCAGAGAACCAAAAGGGUGCCCAACAAGAUGCCACAGAAGAGGCAACAGAGAAGCUUGGCUCAUUCGCUAUCGGUGAUGAUGACGAGGAAGAGGACCUAAUUGAUGUCGACGAUGGAGACUCUAAGUCCAAUAUGUCCCCAGCACCAGACGCAGCACCCCAACCGGCACAGCCCAGCACCGAGAAGCCAGACAGCCACGACCAUACCCGCUCAACAUCCGAGUCUGCCAACCCAGCUCUCGACCCCAACAAUCCCCUGCACAUCACUCUCCCCACUUUCCGAAUGGUUGUCUUAGCCGACGAGCUCCUAGAAAAAUUUUUCGAAUCCUACUUCCCUCAAUCAUUCCACCUCUCAGACCAUCCCCACCCAGCCGCUCUCGCCGCCUCUUCCUCGCUCUCCUCUAAUCUUACCACAUUCUCCAACCUCGGCAGCAUUCGAUCCUCCGGGCCCGGUUCCGCAUCUGCCCCGGUGGCCGGCGCCUCAGGCGGUAUCGUCCCCCCAGGCAAAGGCCUCCGUGGCGUACUGGACAACAUUGUCACAGACGGAAUCCGCAUGGCAGCCGAGGUCAAAAAGAGAAUGGAUGAUGCUCAGCGCGAAUUGGAGCGCAACGCCCUCGGCCGCGAGGAAGAAGACGACGAAGAAGAUGACGAUGACUACCCCCGCCGUGAGAACAGCGCCGGAGUUAUGGCUGGCGGAAUCUCCAGCUGGGGCGCGGGCGCGUAUGGCGCAGACACUGAACGCCGCAGUGUUGUCCGCGAUGCUGACCGUGACCUCCUUGAAGGAGCUGAAGUUCUCAGCGUUCGCGGAAAGGAGGAGAGUACUUCCCUUUUGGAUGGGAAAGAUGACACCGGAUCGGGACCCAGCAAGGCCGCCGACAAUGCUGUUAGCUCCAAGAGCCAUGGUUCACCUACAGAUCGUGACGGAGAAGUCAUUAGCAAAGUUGUCGAGUUUGAGUCAUGA